CCACAUAUCUGUCACUACCUUGAAAAGGAAAGAUAUAAUAAAUUAUUUUAUUCGUUGCCAAUUAUUAGCAAAACUUUGUUAUGUUAAUUUUUUAAAAUAUGCAAGAAUAUGAUAUAAAAUAAUUUAUGGGAAUAUAAUGGUGGGAUCACACAAAAUAGUUUAUAAAUGGAAAGAGAGAGUACAUGAAAAAAAAAAACAGUAGCGUACUGCGCCUAAACCUCCCCACCCGCCGUCGAUUCGCCCCAAUCUGUGCGGCGCAGAUUUCACCUACUGCAUGUUUUUUGCUACAAAUUCAAAAUAAAAAAAUUUAUAUCUCGCAGCGCCCACCAGCCUUUGUCGCCUGUCUCUUCCAGCUCAUCACCUUCACCACCAUUAUUUAACGAUCUCCAUUCUGAACAAUCUCGAUUCCAAUUUUUAAAUAAAUUAACAAUUGAGCCCCGCUGUUUUCUUUAAAUUAGAAAAGAUUGCAGUUGAGUUCUUCACCACCUCUUAUGGAAACUCUCCAUAGAUCAAACAAGUCUUUACAGCCACAGCGAGAAGAAGAGCGCCAGAUUCUCUUAUCGGAGAUGCCUUCCGCCGCCGCCGCCGCUGCGACCAAGACGCCUUCUUCCUCCUCCUCCACUCCAUCUCCGCCCAAGGACGCCGAAAUUAAAAUCAACGGAGAAACGGUUAGUGUGAGUAGUAGCAGCAAUGACGCUUCCGGAACUAACAGAAUGUGGAGGGAUUCCAGCUACGAUUUCUCAAAGGACGCCGUAAUGAGACCAGCCACCAGCUCCAAGGAGUUCGAUUUCGCGACGGAGUCCCCAGCGUCGCAGCAGUCUCCGCUCUCCAGAAUCCCGGAGAGCCCCGCGGCCAACAACACCUACGGCCAGCUCACGCCGCGAGAAAUCCGCGUCUCCUUCAACGAGACGGUUGGGAACCGCCGGUCCAAUGCCGAGGAGGAGCGCGACGAGGUCCUCCUCUGCUCCUCCAACAAUUCAUUCCGGAGGAAAUCCAGCUUCGUCAGGAGUAAAACCAAGUCGCGAUUGCUCGACCAGCCGGAGGAAUUUCCGACGAGAUCCCAAACGCCGAGAGCGCCGCCGAAAUCGCAGUUCCUCGGAAAAGGAACGGCGAGCGAGAUUGACGAGGACGAUCCGUUCCUGGAAGAGGAUUUGCCGGAAGAUUACAGGAGUUUCAAGUUCAGCAUAGUGUCUAUUUUGCAGUUGCUGAGUCUGAUCAUUAUCGUGGCGGCUCUAGCUUGUAGCUUAGCAAUCGAUGUCUUGAAGAGGAAGAAGAUCUUCCAAUUAGACCUAUGGAAAUGGGAACUGAUGGUUUUGGUGCUGAUCUCGGGCAGAUUGUUGUCUGGUUGGGUGAUUAGGAUCAUCGUCUUCUGCAUCGAGCGCAACUUCCUUCUGCGGAAACGCGUUCUGUAUUUCGUGUACGGACUGAGAAACGCGGUGCAGAAUUGCGUGUGGUUGGGGCUGGUGCUGAUUGCGUGGCAGUGUAUCUUCGACAAGAAGGUGGAGAGGGUGACCAACGGACACAUUCUGCCCUACGUCACCAAGAUUUGGGUUUGUUUGUUGGUGGGGACAUUGAUCUGGCUGCUCAAAACCCUGCUGGUCAAGGUUCUAGCUUCGUCGUUUCACGUCAGCACCUUCUUCGAUCGGAUUCAGGAGUCGUUGUUCAAUCAGUACGUGAUCGAGACGCUGUCGGGGCCGCCAUUGAUAGAGAUUGAGCUGGAGCAGGAGGAGGAGGAUAGGGUGAUGGUUGAGGUGCAGAAGCUGCAGAGUGCAGGGGCGACCAUUCCGCCGGAGCUCAAGGCCAAUAUGUUUCCCAAGAGUGGGAGGCUUAUAGGUACUCCCACUCCCACGGGGGGAAGCGCAAAGAGCCCAUCGUUUUCAAAACUCGUGGCCAAGGAGGAGGAGCAUAAUGGUAUAACCAUUGAGCAUCUGCACAGGUUGAACCAGAAGAAUAUAUCUGCUUGGAACAUGAAGAGGCUGACCAACAUAGUCAGGAAAGGCGUGCUCUCCACCCUGGAUGAGAAGAUCCAAGGCGCCACCGCCGAUGAAGAUGACACAACCGUGCCUAUCACCAGCGAAAAUCAGGCCAAGCUUGCUGCCAAGAAGAUCUUCUUCAACGUUGCCAAGCCAGGCUUCAAAUAUAUCUACCUGGAGGAUAUAAUGCGUUUCAUGCGCAAGGACGAGGCCAUAAAGGCUAUUCGUCUCUUUGAAGAUGAAUGUGAGCAUAAGGGAAUCAGCAAACGCGCUCUUAAAAAUUGGGUGGUGAAUGCAUUUAGAGAACGGAGAGCUCUUGCUUUAUCACUAAAUGACACAAAAACUGCGGUGGACAAACUACACCACAUGCUCAACGCUCUUGUGGCGAUUCUGAUUAUUAUCAUUUGGCUUCUCAUACUCAAAGUUGCAACAACUCACUUCUUUAUCUUCUUAAGCUCCCAGCUUCUUCUGGUGGUGUUCAUGUUCGGUAACACGUGCAAGACAACAUUUGAAGCAAUCAUCUUUUUAUUUGUGAUGCACCCGUUUGAUGUAGGUGACCGCAUUGAAGUCGAUGGAGUUCAAAUGGUUGUUGAAGAGAUGAACAUACUGACAACAGUUUUCCUAAAGUUUGAUAACCACAAAAUCUAUUAUCCAAAUAGUGUGUUAGCAGCAAAGCCAAUCCACAAUUACUACCGCAGUCCGGAUAUGGGAGACGCAAUCGAUUUCAGCAUCCACAUUGCCACUCCAUGCGACAAGAUUGCAACAAUGAAGGAAAGGAUCACGAGGUAUGUUGAUAAUCGGAGCGAGCAUUGGUAUCCUGCACCGAUGAUUGUGAUGAGAGACAUGGAGGACAUGAACAGGUUGAAGUUCUCGGUGUGGCUAUCGCACAAGAUGAACUUUCAAGAUAUGGGUGAAAGAUGGAUAAGGAGAUCACUUCUUGUAGAGGAAAUGGUUAAGAUCUUCAGGGAGCUCGAUAUCGAGUAUCGCAUGCUGCCUGUCGACGUAAACGUACGCAACAUGCCGCCUACAAGUUCAAGUAGAGUACCGUCUAACUGGACUGCUAUUUCUGCUUGAAUGAUGUAUACAUAUGGGGAGCGGAGCAGAGCAUAGAAGAGAAGAGGAUGCAAGAGAUGAAGCAGAAGCUAGGUAAAGCUGACUUAAUCUAUUUAAUUAGGAUCCUAGUCUUUCUUGUAUAGUUUUCUCUUGCAUCAUUACUUAGGUCUAUCUUUCUUGAAGUCAAUUUUUAGUAUAUGUACUCUCGUGUCAUUUGGCUCUGUUCACAAUCUAGAAAUGAAAUAGUAUAUGAAUAUAUACAGCAA